GCAAGCGCGUCCGCGUCUCCUGGUCGGCCAUUUUGACUUGAGAAAUAAUGUCAAAAUCUUUUUCUGCUCACAGUUUAAAGCUCUGAAGGGGCCAGUGCUGAAGCAGGGCUGCUGAAGGAGGAAGUAUAUCGGGGGAUCUAUGGAUGGAGGACGAUGCAACGCCAACCAAAUAUCACAUUUCCCCUCUGACAGCCUACAGAACAGCUCUGAUCACAGAUUGCUGUUUGUGUAAUAUCUCCAAGUGGAACUGGUGCCUGUGAUGUAAUGUAAGGCAGCCUUGUGGAUGGAUGGGUUGUAUGACCACUGACCACUCAGUCUAGUAAACCAAUGUGUGUAAACUGGUCUCUGCAUCCCAACUAAGGAGACACACCAUCUGACUGAAGAAAAUGACUGAUCGUUUCAUUAGGCACUCUCUCUCUUUCGUCUGUAAGCUGCAGUCAUGUUCUGGAAGUUCGACCUGCACAACUCCUCUCAGAUUGAGAAGCUCUUGGAGAAGGAGGACGUGACCCUACAGGAGCUGCUGGAUGAAGAAGAUGUGCUUCAGGAGUGCAAGGCCCAGAAUCAGCGCCUCCUCCUCUUUCUCACACGGGACAGCAGCAUGCUGGAGCUCCUCAACCUCGUCACGCACGAGCCCCCUGCUGACCGGGAGGAGAAACUGCGCUACAAGUUUGCUAAUGUAGCAUGUGAGCUGUUGACAUGCGAUGUGUCCCUCAUCAAUGAUAAAGUUGGUGGGGACGAGUCUCUGCUGAACACACUCUAUAGUUUCCUAGAGCAGAAGACUCCGUUGAACCCUCUACUGGCCUCCUUCUUCAGCAAGACCUUCGGCAGCCUCAUCACCCGCAAGACAGAGCAGGUGAUCAGUUUCCUAAAGAGCAAGGAGGAUUUCAUAGGUCAGGUGUUGAAACAUUUGGACACGUCAGCCAUGAUGGAUCUGGUGCUGCGUCUCAUUAGCAGCGUGGAGCCUGUUUGUCUCAGACAGGAAGUGCUUACUUGGCUGAAUGAAGAGAAGCUGAUCCAGAGACUCAUUGAGCUGAUACACCCUCGCAGUGACAGUGAGACGCAGUCAAACGCAUCUCAGGCGCUGUGUGACAUCAUCCGUCUGAGCAGAGAUCAGGCCAGUCUGCUGCAGGAGUCGUCAGAGGCCGACCCUCUGCUCACAACACUAGAGCUACAGCAGAACGUCGAGGCCCUGUUGAAAAACAUGUUUGAAGGCGAAAAGAGUGAAGUGUGCAUUGUCAAUGGAACGCAAGUUUUACUCACGCUGUUGGAAACUCGUAGACCAGGUGUUGAGCAGGUGAUUGACCCGUGCUCUCAGGGAUUGGAAAAGUCUUACACUGUAAACAACAGCAUUUUAAUGGGCAUCCAACCACAUCUAAAGCACUUUCACCACCUGCUGUUAAACCCACCCAAGAAAUGUGUGAUGUUGACCACGAUGGGCAUUCUGGAGGAGCCGUUUGGCAACGCGCGGCUGCACGCAUCCAGAUUGAUGGCUGCUCUCUUGUACACCAGAGCUCCCAGAAUCCACAACGAGCUCUGCCAGCUGAACAUGACCAACCUGCUGCUGGAUUUGUUUUUUAAAUUCUCCUGGAACAACUUUCUACACCUCCAAGUGGAGCACUGUGUCUCUGCUAUCCUUAACCAGACGACACAUAAUGGGAAAACACACGACAGUCCAGAUCAGAUACAGCUGGAAACACAAGACACACAAAACUUGGACAAAUCUGACAUGUUCUCACGCUGUGACCUGAUAAAGCAUCUACUGAAGGACUGCAGGCUGGUUCAGAGGAUUUUGGAUGCUUGGGAUGAAAAUGACAAAACACAGGAAGCUGGAGGCAUGAGAAAAGGCUAUAUGGGUCAUCUGACCAGGAUUGCCAACACAGUGGUGCAGAAUGCAGAGAGAGAACAGGAACAGACUCAAAUCGCACAGCUAAUAAAAGAGCUACCAGAGGACUAUAAUGCACGCUGGGAGCAGUUUGUAAAUGAAACGCUAACAGAAACCAACAAGAAGAACACAGCAGACCUGGUGAGAUUUCACACAAAGACAGUCGGAGGAAGUAUUUUUACAUCGAAGUUUACAAUCCGCAAAUCAUCUUUAAUAAACAUCUUGCUCUUAACACAGGUGUUCUCAGACUAUCAGAUCCAGCAGAUGACGGCGAACUUUGUUGAUCAGUUUGGACUGAAUGACGAUGAAUUUGGAGAGCAUGACAGCAGCAUCAGUGCUACGUUUGAUCGAAUCACAGAGAUUAACUUUAACCUGGUGGAUGAGGGGGCGAGCUCUGCCAUCUUUGAGACUCGCACGAAGGAGCGAAUCCGGCCGUUUGAAGAUGCUGAGGAGGAGGAGGAUAUUUGGGAGGAUAAAGAAAUCAACUAUGCAACACAAGUCAAAGCCAGAAGCAGGUUUGGACUGGUGACAAACACUCAGAAGAGCGAGGCAGAUGGUGGCUCUCGCAGACGUCUGGGCUCACCUGACAUGGAGUGGUUUCCAGAGACUAAACAAACUCCGGAAAAUACUAAGAAUCUGGACAUGGACAAGCAAUCCAUCGAUCCGCAGAGUCCUGGAUGGAUAGCGAGUUUUGAAGAUGACUUCAGCUGUCGGGAUUUUGCAAGUAUCGCUAUGGAUACGGGAUCCAGCGUGUGGGGAAGCUCUACCGCCCAGCUCAGUGAGACGGAAGAGAAGGGAUGGGCGACUUUCACGGACUUCCAGCCCUUCUGCUGUUCAGAUGCAGGACCCAGAUGUAGUUCACCCGUGGACUCGGAAAAUCCAAACAAACAGAAUCAAAAUGAAGAAAUUAAAGGCUCAUCAGCGUGUGUGUGGAGUGUGUGUGGGGCGAGGAAGGCUCCUCUGGUGGCGUCCGACAGCAGCUCCAGUGGCUCAGACAGUGAGGAAGAGGAAGACCGAACCAACAUCAUCACAGAGAGCGUCGCCACGGCCAAUGCCAAGGAGAACGUUAAACUCAGUGUAGAUGCAAAAAAUGAGAAAGCAGUCUUCAUCAGUGACACUAAUGCCAGAGCAACAGGUGGCAUGGCAACAGAUGUCAUAGCAACAGGAAGCAUCACUGGUACUCAGUCGCCCAAGGAGCAGAAGGGCGACUCCAGUAGUAACGGACCAAUGUAACAGCAUUUCACCCACCGCUCGACUCCGUCCCCUUGACAGCUGUUACUCCACCCAUCAAAUGUUAAAGGCUGUGGUUUCAAACGUUUCCUCUCCCUCUGGCAUUCGCUCUUUCCACUGGUCUGCCGUAUAGUUACAUGGGUCUUUUUGGUUUGAGCAUGAGCGGUACUCUAGAUGAUCUCUGUCUUCCCGAAUGAAGACAUCUUCACUGUUGGGAACACUGACCUUUGAACCCUGUGAGAGCAGCCCCACUACAGUGUGUGUGUGUUUGUUGAGCGUUGUGAAACUAGAAUAUAAUGCACAUCCGCAGAUGAAUUCUCAUGUAUGCGUAAAUAUUCUCAGUACAUUGACAGGCGUGAUUUAUAGUGUUAUUUUUAUGUUUCUCAACCAGUAUUUUCCACUUAGAACAAGGCAAGAGAUUGUGUGUGUGUGUGUGUGUGUGUGUGUGUGUGUUCUGUCUUGAUUGAUAUCUCUGUUUGCUGUAGCCCUUGGGCCCGGUACUGAUUUAAUUUCAGUACUGAUUUGUUUGCACUUAUGUUUCCACAGCAUUUAUGUUUCCAGCUCCGCCACCAUCCACACAAACACAUAUAUAUGAGCAAAAUCAAUAGAGAGCAGGUCUCAAUAUUUCUGUUUUGUUGUAAGCUGUUUUUAUAUAGAAGAAUGGAAGCUUGUUUUCACCACUAGAUAAAAGAAAUAAAAAGGUAUAUAUUAUAUCUUAUAUAUAUUAUAUAUAAGUGCUGUCAAAUCAAUUAAUCGUGACUAAUUGCAUCCAAAAUAAAAGUUUGUUUACAUAUGUGUGUGUACUGUGUAUAUUUAUAUGUGUAUAUAUAAAUACACACAUGUAUGUAUAUAUUUAUGAAAUAUUUACAUGUAUGUAUGUGUAUGUAUAUGUAUAUAUAUAUAUAUAUAUAUAUAUGCAUGCACAUAUAUAUGAUUUAGAUUAUAGACAUACAUAUAUUAUAUUAUUAUACAUAUAAAUACACAGUACACAGACAUUAUGUAAACAAAUUUUUUAUUAUGAAUGCGAUUUAAUCAAUUUGACAGCAUUUAUUUAUAUAUUUAUCAGAUUUUUUUUUUCCUCAGAAUUGCAAAAAAUAAGUCAAAAUUGUGAGAUAAAUGUCCAGAUAAAAAUUGUGAGAUAUAAACUCAGAAUUGCAAGAUGCAAAAAAAUGAGUUUAUAAUUGCGAGACAUAAACUUGCAGUUCUGAGGGGAAAAAAGUCAGAGUUGUGAGGAAAAAGUCACAAUUACCUUAAUUUUUUUUUUUCUGUGGCAGAAACAAGCUUCCAUAUAAAAGGGAUAGUUCACUUAAAAGUAAAUAUUUACUCACCAUCAUGUUGUUCCAAACAUGAAUGACUUUAGAACCAUAAAGUUAGUCAUUAUGACUAAAAAUGGACUGAAGUAUUGUGGAAAAAAUUCCUGCCAUCGUAGCAUUUAAAUCUCAUUUACAUUUAUUCAAACUUCCUGCAUCCCGAUUGGUCAAAACACCAGAAACAAUAACAUCAUUUGCUUAAAGGUAGAGUUCAGCCAACAAUAAAAAUUUUGGCAUGUCGUUUCAAACCCAUAAGACCAUCGUUUAUCUUCGAAAUUUGGAUUUUUGAUGAAAUCCAAUAGCUUUCUGACCCUGCAUAGACAGCAUAUUUUUUCCAGGUCCAGAAACAUGGUAAGAACUUUUAAAAUACAUUAAAAUAGUCCAUGUUACAUCAGAGGUUCAACCGUAAUUUUACGAAGCUACGAGAAAGCAUUUUAUGCGCAAAGAAAACAAAAAUAACUACACUGUAAAAACUAAAAAACACAAUUUGUUGAGUCAACUUAAAAUAAUUUGUUACCCUGCUGCCUCAAAAUUUUAAGCUCAGUCAACUAAAAUAAGUUUAGUCAACUUGAAAUGUUAAGUUGUACGAAGUAUCAACUUAGAUAUUUGUGUUUGCUAAACUUAACAGAUAGGUAAGUAACCCAGCUGCCUUAAAAUUUUAAGUUGAUUCAACUCAAAUAUCUAAGUUGUCACUUUUUUUGAGUUGACUGAACUUAAAAUUUUAAGGCAGCCAGGUUACAAAUUAUUUUAAGUUGACUCAACAAAUUGUUUUUUACAGUGUACUUAAUUUGUGUUCCGAAGAUAAACGAGGUCUUAGGAGUUUGAAACGACAUGAGGAUAUUUAAAAUUUUGGGGUGAAAUAUCCCUUUAAAACCUGGUGCAUUAACUAAGUUAUUGGAAGACUUGAAAUAUAGCGCACAAGUCGUAUGGACCAACUUCUUUUAUGGUCCACGCAUGAAAAAGUCUACGGUAUGAUGAGGGUGAGUAAACAAUGUUUUUACGUAUUUACGUUAUUAAGUGAACUAUCCUUUUUAACAAGUUUAUGUAAGGCCGUUUGAUUCUUAUUGUGUCUGUGGUUGGUAUCAGAACGAACUCAGGUGAGCGUCGUGUGUCAGCGCGUUGUGUGAAAACCCGAGGGCGAGUGUGCCUUGAAAAAUCAGAGAACGACACAUCAUUGUUUAACGUGUGCACUCAUAUCUUUACUCACAUCUUCCUAUAUCACAGUCAGGUCUUAGUAAUAACUGUCGACGUGUAUUCUUUACGAUAUGUACACUUAAUAUUAUAUUUUUUAUGACUAACUACUAGCGAAACACUAGAACGCUGCAGUGUCCGUUUGAAUCUAGAGAGAUAGCAAUAAUAGUACGAAUAAUUUCUUGGGUUCGUUUUCUUUUUUAUUAGUAAUGUAGCUUUGAAAUGUGCACACAGGCACACAAACUGUUUGUGAGAGCGAGUGUGUGUGAAUGUCGAAGAGGCUCGGUGUGUUUUCAGUUUGUUUUGCACUUUUAAAAACUUGAUUUUGAUACCAAAUGGGAUGUUAGUGGCGGUACGACGACGAUAACGAGAGCCCUCGGUCAGUAUUUGGUCUAUGUGCAUUUUUGAGUUUACAAGCCGUUUGUUGUGUAGCUAAAAUCGCAGAUGUUAGCAUGUGCGAGUGUGUUUGUGUUACGAGACUAAGAGCGAAGCUCCAGAGAAAUGUCGACCGGUCGGUACCAGGCUCCGUGCUUGAAUGUAACUCAUAUUUUAUAUGUUUAUUUUUAUUUUCAUAUUAAUAUUAUUUUAUUUUUUUGCCAAAUGUUUUCUUUAAUAUUUCGUCUUUCUCCCGUUAUGAAUAACAGGGUUCUAUUCUAUAAAGAUUGAAUUCUUUCUCAUUUCUCAUCGUUCAUAUUUGUGGUUAAACACUUCAAUACUGCCACUUAGUUGUGGAAUAGCAGUGAGGUCUUGACUAGAAAUAAAAGGUAGGAUACUAACCCCUUUUAUCUCGUCUUCCGCGUACAUACAGCUCUUUAUUAACCAUUUUUCUGUGUAAACUAGUCCAGACAUUUUUCUCCCCGGAUGUCUAGAUGUUUAGGUCAACCUAGCUGUCAGAUACCGUAAACGGGUUUAGCGAGUUUUGCUGCUGUUAAUGAUUUAUCGUUUGUCGAUGCAUUAGCAGAACAUAUACGAGAAGGGAACGGUUUUUAUCAAAACUGUGAUGUAAUAUGCCAAUGCCACAAUUUGUGAUUCUAAUUCUCACGUUCUUGAAAUCAGAGUCUCAUAAACUUCCUCCACACCACCAUAAAGUUUUACAGCUGAAUAAAUAGAUUCAUCACAACUUUGCAAUGUGAAAUCCAUGUUUCCACAGGGUUGUUUUCUUUUCAGCUCUUGUAUGUAUUCAUGUACCCCAAAACACAAAUGCAUACUGUAUGUUAUGAACUGGUACGAUAUUUUGUGGUAUGUUCUGCCUUGAGCAUCUGUCCAUGGUGUGAAACUGGAACACAGGUCUGUUUUGUCAUUUAGUCAAAUGCCUUUUUAAUGUAUACUGAUGCUGGUGGUUUCUUUUUCGUUUUACUUUUUUUUUGUUUGUUUGUUUUUUUUUUUUUUUUUUUUUUUUUGGUAUAAUGCAAUACUGUACCUGUCAUCUGUUGUCAGAGUUAGGCUUUAAAAUCAGAUAUCAAACAAAUAAAUAUUUCAAAUGGG